UUUUCUCAGAUGGUAAGUUAUGUCAUGGCUGACGAUGGGACAUGCGGUUAGAGGUCUAUAAAAGGGGCCACGAAACUCAUCUGAACUUAGACACCAUUCUGAUUUUGUCCAUCCAAACCUUAAAAAGAUUCAGUGAAGAACAACGUUAAUGGCAUCUCUUGGUGUGCAAGCAGUUCAUCCUCCUCCAUUAACAUCCACCUCCGACCCACCUCCUCUUUUUGAUGGCACCACCAGGUUGUACAUCAGUUAUUCUUGCCCCUAUGCACAACGUGUAUGGAUCGCUCGGAACUUCAAGGGACUAAAAGACAAGAUCAAUUUGGUCCCUAUAAACCUUCAAGACAGGCCAGCUUGGUAUAAGGAGAAAGUCUACCCUGAAAAUAAGGUGCCAUCCUUGGAGCACAAUGGCAAGGUGUUGGGAGAAAGUCUUGAUUUGAUCAAAUAUGUAGAUGAAAACUUUGAAGGGACACCUUUGUUUCCCAGAGAUCCUGCCAAGAAAGAGUUCGGAGAGCAAUUGAUAUCCCAUGUUGAUACAUUCAGCAGAGACCUGUUCGUUUCAUUGAAAGGGGAUGCUGUACAGCAAGCCAGUCCCGCUUUUGAAUACUUGGAGAAUGCUCUUGGUAAAUUUGAUGAUGGGCCAUUCUUGCUUGGUCAAUUCAGUUUGGUGGAUAUUGCCUAUAUUCCAUUUGCUGAAAGAUUCCAAAUUGUCUUUGCUGAGGUGUUCAAACAUGACAUCACAGAAGGAAGGCCUAAACUUGCAACAUGGUUUGAGGAGUUGAAUAAGCUAAAUGCUUAUACCGAGACAAGAGUCGAUCCUCAGGAAAUCGUUGAUCUUUUCAAGAAACGUUUCCUGUCUCAACAGUGAAACGUUGUAUUGCUGCAGGCUUCCUCUAAGAUGUAGACUGAGCCAAUAAAGCGUCCUUUCAUUCAAUGGAUGGGAUGCAUCUACAGUCAAAUAGAAGUUGUGUUUAUCUGCUAGAGUCGUAGGAUAGUUUGAAGUCAUAAUCAUGUUCAUUUUUCAGCUUGUUUUGUUUGAUGUAAUAAUAAUGUUUAUGUACCAGUUUGUGAUCACUGAUCAAUAUGGUGUAAUUUAUCCUAUAAUUUAUCCUACUUGUGUAGUUGUGUUAUAUCUCAAGUGUCUGUCAACAAAGGUUUAUUGCAUGAAAGUUAUACAUGGUUAAUAAUAUAUCACUUCACUAA